AUGGAAGGGCCACUCGGUGAUUUGGCUUUGCGGGAGGUUCAGGUGGGCUCCUCUCUGGACCUGGUAGUCACACACGUCAAAGGACAUGUCUUCAGGGGCAUUUGGCAUGGUGAUCUUUACUCCUGCGACACAUUGGAACCGGGGACGUGGACCUUGUAUGGCUACAUUCUUGAAUCCAUAGAUCGCAACGUGGGUAAGCUCCGAGGAACCAUCGACUCCCGAGCCUUCCCGAAGCCCGAAUAUACAGCAGAUGCAUUUCGCACCAUGGUUGAGGUCUGUGCAGGCAUUGGUGGUUUAGGCCUAGGCGCUCGCUUUGCCGGGACAGAGAUUCUACUGCAAGUGGACAAGGCACCGAUUGCCUAUGAAACGCUCCGCCUGAAUGGGGGCAACGCAUUGCUCGGAGACAUUGGUGCUCGUGAUACGCAAGCGCGCAUAGCGCAGAUCUGCCAAGGCCGCGGGCACGUGCUUGCCGCAGGACUGCCAUGCACUGGGUUCUCUUCUCAGGGGCUUCGGGAUGGGGCUCUGCUUAGCGGGGAUCUUGUCUUGACAAACGCUUUGCAGAUUGCCUGGAGAUGUCAAGUUGCCGGGGUGAUCUUGGAAUGCGGCACACAGAUUCAGCAACACAAACCGGCUAUGGACAUGAUUGGGGUGUUUGCGCAACGCAUGCACUACCAGACACACCAAGUCAGCCUGGACUUGAGUGACCAGUGGGCAUCCCGCCGGCCUCGCUGGUGGUGCAUCUUGCUGCCGAAUCAACUGCCGCCUUUGCACCUGCCUCCUUGGCCUAUUGCCCAGGCAAAGCUUGUGAUUGCUGAUGUCAUCGAGGAGUGGCCUCUCUGGCCUCUCACACAAGAAGAAGGCCUCGCUUGGACACCAGAUGAGGAGAAGUUGUAUGCCGACCCGGUGUACGGCAGCACCAACCGAUACAUCAAUACUCAAGAGCAAGCCCCAGUUGCCCUUCAUUGUUGGGGCUCGGAAAUGCAGCCUUGCCCUUGCGGAUGCAGGCCUUGCCGCUUCACAGAUGCCGCCUUGCGGGCCCAGGGCCUUAAGGGUGUAGGGGUUCUUGCUGCUGGGCUUUCGGGUACUAGAUUCCUUCACGCCAGUGAAGUAGGGUUUCUUAAUUCCCUCCCGGCCACCUUCCUGCACCUCCCAGACCCCCGCGCUGCCUUGUGCUUGGCGGGCCAAUUGACCGCCCCGUUGCAAUCCUUGUGGAUUUCGGCACACAUACAUGCAUGGGCUGAAUCGGCCUUCGGUCUGCCCGGCCUGACAGAUCCUUGCAAGUUGCUCCAGGCUUUUAAGGAUUCGCUGCUUGAGUCACGCAGAGACAGCUGGCUGAUCCCAUCGCUUCAGAACGCGGCUUGCUUGCGCUUCAUCACUGACAGCGCUAUGCUGGAAAUGCAGGUGGCUGGCCCAACUCGGGUCAAUAACCUGGUUCAAGCCGAAAAGGAGCUGCAAGGCCCUGGAGUCCUGGUCCUUGUGUUUGAAGGUGAUCGAAGGCUCCCACCCUAUGCCUUCCUACACCCGGCCCGACCCUCUGAUUGCUAUCACCUCGUGAUUAGGCCGAAGUCUGCUGGCAAAUCUGCCCCGCAGCAAACACUGAAGGCUCCGGAGACCACAGGCACUACCGAUGUCACGAUCUGGACGGGCCUUCUACGCCUCCAGGCUGCCAGUGCCCAACAUUUCUUUGUUGUCCCUCCGACCAUUGUCACAAAUUGGCUCCGACUUGCUUGGUUGCACCAGGAAGCAGAAGGGAGCACACCCUUCACGUGGCCGUCGGGUUGCAAGGCAGUCCUGCUUCCUUUCCUGUGGGAAAAGCAUUGGUCCCUCUUGGUUUUGCAGCGGGCCGAUUCGGGUGAAGUCUCUGCGACCCUUCAUGACGGGGUCCCUGGACACAGCUCUGCAGCAGCCCAGGGGCUGGCAUCUUUGGUUUGUCGUUCUUGUGGCCUCCCCGAACCCAUUGUCGAGGCCCCACCUUUGCCGGUGCAACACCAGCCGAACUCGUGCGGACCGAUGAUCUUGGCGUUCGCUGCACAGGUUAUGCAGGCCUCCCAGCCAUUUUCGGUGCUGCUUGAGGACGCCAUCAACUUUUGCCGAUUCGUGCCUCCACACCAAUCGUCCAUGCAUGGCUACGGUGGGCUCUCUGAAGCCCAACAGCUUUCGCUUCGGACUUUGUUGCUUGAGCGUGGGGUGCCGGAGCCUUCGGUUACAGAGCGCAUUCAGGCCGCCACUCAAAGAAUCGGCGCCGGCUCCCUGGCUAAGUGUCUGCAGGCUGACAAUCCUUGGCAGGCCUUGAAGGCCGCGGGCUCACAGCCCAAUGCACUGUUUCGUUGGAUCCGCCCUGAAGAGCUUCAGGCUCAUGCUCAAGCGAAGGCGGCCCAACGAUUCGGCACCGCGGUUGGAAACGCCAAGGAGCGCAAACAAAAACAGACCCGCUCUCAGAAGCCUGUGCUCAACGUUGACCCUCUUUCUCUGCAGCUUGCGGCUGGGUCCUUUGUCUCGGGGCAGAACUCGCCACUAUCACAGCUGGCUUUCGACGAGGUGGUCUCCCAGGCCCAAGGGAUUGCCUUUUGCACGGCGCAGCAGAUGAUGCCCUUCAUCACGGCCUAUAGGGUUCUUAGCGUCGAUGCACUGGCCCUCGUCUCCACGGCCCCUUUGCCUACUGAGGUUUGCGCUGGUGCGCCUGUUAGCCAGAUCAGGUUCCCUGCCGUUUUCUCUCCUACUCAGGAGGCCGUUCUCCUUAGCGGCUCCAUGCUGCAGCUGGGAGACGAGCAUGUCCAGCUUUCCUCCGCGGAUGCCGACAUGGGAGAAAUCGACCAGCUGGACACUGUUACGGGCCGGGUGUCGCUGUUCAGGGAUGAGGCUCAACUCGACUGGGAGGUCUUCAUCAAAGCCCCGAUCAGGUCUUUGCUCCAACAUGUGCCAGGCCUCAAUCUCUGUCGUGACAAGAACUGCAAGGGGGACUGCGCGGCAUUCCACCCGGCGGUGGACGAACAUGUUGAGCACAUGCUUCUGGAUGUUUGGGCACGGCAAUUUGCCAAGUUGGACGGGGGUAAAGCUGACCCGGCCUCUGCACAGGUCUUCCAGUCCUUGAUUCGUGUGCCAAGCUCUGCCAGCAAGCAUCUGCAGCACAUCAACGUGUCUGGUUUCUACUUUGAGCCGCGCGCCGCAACCGGCUUCGGGCCUCACCCUUCGUUUGCGGUUGUUUGGUUGCCAGGCAAGGACAAAGCCCAGGUCACACAUUUGCUCCGGACUUGCGACAAAGCCAUUGGCCUCGCCCGCCUUGGCUCCAAGUACGGGCUCCGUGUUCCUGAUGAACACGAGCAAGCGGUUUUUCAGGAGCUUCGUCCGCAGCAUACCUUUGUUAAGGUGAGGGUUCUUUCCAGAUGGCGGCUGCAUCCAUUGCCUCAUGGCAUGCAGAGACAUACCCUUGCCCAGCUUUUGGGCAAAUGGAAGUGGGCGGCAAAGCCACUGCAGCCUUGCAAAGGCGACUCAUCCGGCUGCGCUUGGGAAGUUGGGAGUGCAGAGGAACCCCCUGCCUCUAUCAUGCAGGCGGGCGACUCUUUCGUCCUUAUCCACAAAACCAAGGAUGUCGGGCCUCAGGCCAAACCGGAUACUUUGUGCGCCUCAAACCGCACUCGACGACGCAUUCUUUAUGACGAUCCUGAUGUGCCCUCUUCAUCCUCGGAUCCCUGGGCUGGAGGGCAGGACCCCUGGAGUCUAGCCCGCCCGCCACCCGGUCUCCCAGCCCCUGCCACUUCUGCAGCGACAGGUUCUGCCACACCCUCAGCUGCAGUGAGCAAACUUUCCCAAGUUAAGACCGAGCUCCAGUCCAAUCUGGCCACCCUGGUCCGCAAGGAGGUUCAAGCCGCCACAUCCGCAGCUUCGAUACCAGAUCCUGUGUCUGAUGAACGCAUUCAGAAGCUUGAAGUCGGCUUGAAGGAGGUUCGCGUGCAGAACUCACGGUUCGAAGAGUGGUUUCAGAAAGUGGGCUCCGAAAUGCAGCAGCAGGCUCAACAGGUGGCCGAGGUGCAGCAAAUCGUUGCGUCACAGAAGGCCGAGCUGGGAUCUCUGAGGUCCGAUGUUUCCACAUCCAUCCUUCAAGCAGUGACUGCACUCCGCAACGAUAUGUCUGAUCAGUUUGCCACUCAGACGGCCUCCCUUGAAGCCAUGCUUUCCAAAAAGCAAAGAUCAGAGCCUUCUUUCUUCUUCCGUCUCUUGCUUUGGGUCAGUUUGAUUUGGGUGCCCACAGACGCACGCCAAAUCGCCCCUUUUCGGCGUUAUGGCGAGGCCUCCAAUCCUGGACCCGAGCCCCUCAUUUCCUUUGGCACUUCCAACCCCAGUGGCCUUCGUGGCAAAGAACAACAUGUGGCCGACCUUGGCCCUGGUAUCUGGCAGUUAUCAGAAACCCAGCUUUCUGCAAUCAGUUUGCCCAGCUCGUCUCGAGCCCUCAAAGCCCUCACCGCUGCUUUGCAUCGGGAUGUGCGCAUUUUUGCCGGAGCUCCUGCUCCUUUGCGAACCGGCUCCUCUUUCGCUGGCUCGUGGACCGGGGUCCUCACUUUGAGCGACUACCCUUGCCGACCGGUGCAGCUGCAAUGGCUGCAUGACUCGUUCCACACUGGCAGGAUCCAAGCUUUGCACCACUUUGUACACGACACGCCGAUCCUGACUGCCAAUGUUUAUGGCUUCCCUUCCGGUAAAACUUAUGUUGAUGCUCGCGCCCGCACCGAGCGCUUGCUGGAAACAUUGACGCAUGAGCUGGUCCUUGGCCGCAAAGGCAUUCGUAUGAUAUCCGGGGAUUUUAAUCAUUGGCACGCCCACCUUGACCAGGUUCAGAUCUGGAAGCAGCAAGGCUGGAUUGAAGCUCAAGAGCUGGCAGCUCUUCGAUGGCAACAGGAGCCCGUCCCUACCUGCAAAGGCUCCACUCAUCGGGAUUUCAUUUUCCUCAGUCCUGAGGCGGCAGCUCUGUGCGGCGAAGUCCGUGUCACCAACACAUUUGCUGAGCAUGCCACUGUAAUCGCCGGGAUUCGGUUGACUGGGGUCCACCGUGUACAAUCCUGGCCUUUCCCAGCAGAAAUCCCCUGGGCAGAUGUAGAUGUUCCCUCUUGGACUGAAGCUUGCGCGGCCCCUUCCAUCCAUGCAGACGACUGCCACACCGAUGCCACGGCCGAGCACAGCUUCCACCCCAGCUUUCCACAGUGGUGGCCCAGACGUCCGGUUCAGCUGGUUGGUUCCCCGCAGCACCUUCCUCAUUGGCUCCCGUCCGCUGAAGUGUGCCGAAGGCUGUUUUUGGACUUCCGCGACAAUUACAGAAAAUUCGAAGCCUGGAACGUUCGGCAACGUCAGGCCAUUCUGACCGAGCAGUACGCUCACAACCGCGAUCUUCUGUUUCGCGACCUCCGUGACCCAAGGCCGGAACAAGUGGAUACUCUUGAGUUGCGCAAAACUUAUCAUAUCCUUGCGGUUGAGCCCUCCACCUGCAGUGUCCACCUUGAUGCUGAGAUUGAUGAACGUGGCUGCAGCCAAUGGCAGCUAGACGGUUGCACUGUUCAGGUGACAGAGAUAUCGGGGGACCUCUGUCGUAUCCCCGACUGCCCCGCUUUGCAUGCUGAGGCCGAGCUCGAACAAACCACUGUUCUCUCCUCGGCUGUCCAUGUACAGAAUGAAUUUGAGAAACUUUGGUCUUCCUUUUGGAAGCGGUCUUUCGAUCCUGCUACCACGGACUGGUCAAGGAUCACGGCUUUCGCCCAAGCCUUUCUUCCGAAGUCCCGCCUGGAACUCCCACCCAUCGACCUGGCACAGUGGCGCGCUGCACUGAAGCGCUUCAAGCCGCGAGCCGCGCGCGGUGCGGACGGCCUUGCUCGAUUGGACUUGAUCCAUAUGCCCGAUUGCUACGCGCAAAUUGUGCUCAAUUUUCUUUCGGACAUUGAAUCAGGUGUGCGCCCUUGGCCUGCCCAAUGGCUCAUUGGCCUGGUCUGUUGCUUGAAGAAACCCAAUGAGCGACAAGAUACACAGGGCUACCGGCCCAUCUGCCUACUAAGCUGUGCUUACCGCGCCUGGAGCGGGAUCCGGGCCAGACAGGCCCUUCGUUGGCUCGCCGGUCUCCUCCCACCCACCGCCCUCGGCUUUAUGCCGCAACGCGAAGCUUCUCAAUUUUGGUGGCUUCUCGAAGCCCAGAUUGAGCUGGCGUGCCAAAGCGAUCUCCCACUCGCCGGCUACUGCACCGAUGUUAUCAAGGCCUUCAAUGCACUCCCCAGGCAGCCAGUCUUUGACAUUGCGGAGUGGAUCGGCAUGCCGACCAAUCUCCUUUCACCAUGGCAAUGCUUCCUGUCAGGCCUUGAGCGGCGAUUCAUCAUCCGCCGCGAAGUUGGGGAAGCGGUGACUUCCACGGUUGGAUUCCCGGAAGGCUGCGCGUUGAGCACGGUAGGCAUGAGCUUGGUUUGCCUUUGCUUUCAUGCCUACAUUGAGGCGUUCACCAGCCAAGCUGUCCCUCACUCUUAUGUCGACAACCUUUGCUGCACUGCGCAGUCCGUUGGACAGCUGGCAGCCGGGAUCAAUGUUUCGCGAACCUUCCUGGACAUGUUCUCCCUGUCAACAGAUGAGGACAAGACCUAUGUUUGGGCGGUGCGCCCUGACCUGCGCCAACAGCUCAAAGGCCUCGGCAUUCGCAUAGUUGACCACGCCCGUGAGCUUGGAGGCUAUAUCAGCUUUGGCCGUGCCACAAAAAACUCGGACUUGGUGCAGCGGUGCCAUGCAAUGGCCCCUUGGUUUGGCCGACUGAAAAGGUCCCCUUGCGCCUUUCGGGAAAAGUUAUAUGCGUUGCCGGCAAAGUUUUGGGCCUAUGCCCUGCAUGGUAUCGCGGGUUGCCCAUUGGCUGAUGCCCAUUUCGCUUCCCUACGUGCACAGGCCGUCCGCGCACUCGGUUGCAAUACUGCCGGUUCGAGCUCCAUGCUCCGCUUGUCAACCUGCGGCACAAUGGAAGCCGAUCCGGGCUUCUACCAACUUUGGUGUGCUUUGCGGGACCUUCGGCGCAUGGCUGCUAAAAAUGACCGGGUGCUGUCAUUAUGGCGUGCCUUCAUGUCCGGCUUUCAGGGACAGUUGUUGCCCGGGCCCUUUUCCAAGCUACUGCAGGUUCUUGGCCAGAUCGGUUGGCGCGUUGAUACGCCUCCGUGCAUCGUUGAUCACGAAGGCUUCGAGCACAACCUUCUGUUGAUGCCUUCGACCCUGCUUCGUAAGCUCAGUGAACAAGCCUGGCUCAACUACGUCGCCUCUCGACACAGGCAUCGGUCAACUAUGCAUGAUUUGCACGGCAUAGACCUUUCACUUCUGGAAGCUGACACCGGCCGAUUUAGUGCCCUGAAUCAGGCUCGCUUGGCCGCUUUGCGCAGUGGCGCCUUCAUGUUUGGAACCAGUCUCUCCAAGUUUGAUGCAACUAAUGAUGGGCUGUGCCCCUCCUGUGGGAUACCGGACACACCGGAGCAUCGGGUUUGCCACUGCCCACGCUUUGCUGCCGCUCGCUGCCCAUAUUCUUGGGUCUGCGCAGAAUGGCCUAAUCUGCCAGAGUGUUUGCGAACUCACCUGCUGCCGCCGAGCAAUCCGCAUUUGCCCGCGCUCCAUACCCAGCUGUCACAGCUCCCGGACCGCUCUGCUCAGUUCGCCAGCUCACGAUGCACCGAUGGCCCGCAGCAUGUCUUUUGUGAUGGUUCAUGUCUACUUACGACCACACCCUCCUUCGCCCUUGCGGCGUGGGGCUGCGUAAAUGCAACCACGGGAGACAUACUGGCCUGCGGCUCAGUGCCUGGACUUGCUCAAACGGCCCAAAGAGCGGAACUCUGGGGCGCCAUCGCCAGCCUCAAAUGGGGACUCCGGAUGGAAGCUUCGCUGACGCUGUGGACCGACUCCACAAUGGUGGGAAAGGGCAUUCGUCGCCUGCUGUGCGGACUGGAUAUGGGUGAUUCCGAAAACCUUGACCUCUGGCAACUCCUGGCCGAGCUUGUCGCCGCGUUUCCCGCAGGCCAGUUGAUAGUGCAGCAUGUUCCUUCUCAUCUGGACCCUGCCCGUGGAACCUCGCCCUUCGAGGACUGGCUCAUCCAAUGGAAUGGCUACGCGGACACGGUUGCUGGUCUAACUAACCUCAAUCGGUCGGCGGCUUUGCGACAGGCGCAUGAACAAGCACUUGAUUGGCAUACGCGCAUGCGAGAGGCACUCCAGGCAUUGCGUGGUAUCUACUUUGGCAUCGCGGACAUCACCUCUCUUCCAGGCCGAGUCAAUACACUGGAGGUCGAAUUGGAAGAGCCUGAGCUACCGCAACUGGUCUCGGAGGCGAGCCCUGGAGCCCCUUUUGCCGAGGAGCUCCCGGUUACUUGGCGACAAAUCAUCCAACAGGCCUGCCCGGAAUUGCCACGGCCUUUUCUGGAGCAACUGGGCGACUUUCUGGUAGUUCAAAGCCAGGCGGCGGGGCCAUGGAGGCGCCUUUCCUGGCUCGAGCUUGUCUUCAUGAUUCUGGAAGCCGGUGCCCCUUGUUUCCCGGUGCGAGCUUUGGACUCUGAUCGGUGGCUGAGCCGUGCUGACGUUCCACUGGGUGCUCCGGCACUCACGGUAGCUGUACAGAUGAGCCUCCUACGAAAGGCUCUGCGUAGGAUCUUUGUUGCCCUUCGGAGGGUUGAUCUUUUGGUGGAUGGCAUUUCUCUGGUUGAGUUCGGGGUCACUUUUCGGAUUGGCGGUUUGUUGUUCCCUUCUGAUCCCUCCCUCCUUCGGGCGGCUCACGAAAGGCUUUUUCAGUUUUGCAUGGGCCGCAAGGUUGUGGAAGUCCUGGGACCCGUCCUGGAUGAGUGGGCGACGCAGCCGCAGCUGGCCACCGCCACCUUGGGAAGCCUGGGCAAGGAAGCUGCAGGGGUCGGACCAUGUGAGUCGAAACACGAUACCGACGAGCAGUUGCGGGAAGGUAUGGGUACAGGUCAGUGGCAUUCGGAGGAGCCGGAGGCUUACAGGGAUCGGGUCUAG